AUCCAUUUUGUUUCGGUUUCUUGCUUGGAAAAGUUGUUCUAUUUCUGACGACUAAAAUGUGCACUCAAUUGAAAGAGAUUGGAUUGCCAGAUCUCCAGGAGUUCCAAGUCCUCUUCAAACAAAACUGGCCCGAAUAUUGUCAGGAAUACUACUGCCUGGAUAACUUUAUAGAGUUUCUGAAAAAGCAACCCCACGUGAAGCAUUUGAAAGCCUAUACUUUGGAUACAAAACAAGCCAGAGAUGAGGGCCUUUUCGUGAUAGUGGAUCGCUAUCAACUGUUUGUGGGCGGUUUGAACAACACAAAUGGUCUUGUACAAAAAGCUCUGGACUUGGUGGACUGGUCAACGGGUUUGAAAUGCAGUUCCAUACCCUACAGACAUAUUGAGGCCUUAAAUAGUGUUAUCGAGUCCAAAGCGCUAAAAUUGGUGUUCAGGAGCCCCACCGAUUUGUUUUAUAUGAAGGCCGAGGAUGCUCUUCAGCUGAGGGUUGAAUCCCCUGCUGGAUUUGUCUUGAGAUCUUUGAGUGUGGCAGAUGCUCCUCUGGUAAAUGAGGAGUGGCCCAAUCAUCAUUUGGGAUCUCUGUUCUUUAUAGAAAGACAGAUUCGCAUGUGCAUCAGUGUGGGAUUGUAUCGGGAAGAUACUCAGGAACUUGUGGCCUGGUGCAUCAGAUUACAAGGCGGCUACUUGGGAGCCCUGCAGGUGAAAACGUCCCACAAACGUCGCGGAUUUGGAAGUGUGGUGACCAGGGAAAUUUCAUACCGCCUGGCAGCCCAAGGGCACGAUGUAAUGGCCCUCGUGGGUCCCACGAAUACGCCAUCCCAGGAAAUGUUCAGUAAACUCGGUUUCCGAGUCAUCGACCAGUGCGAGUGGCUGAGAACGGAACCCAUCCAUGGAGAAUUCACCUGGCCCGACGGCGAGUAAUGGGUGUUUAAAUAUCUGUAUUAAAAUAUUACGACUAUCGGUUGUAUAUGAAUACAAGUUUGGUAUAAAAAUA